AUGGAAUAUGCCGCGAUCAAGAUGUUUUCUGACCUUUCCGCGGCCACCCUGAGACAACGCAAGACCUUCCAGCGGGUAACGGAGACCCUCCGAGCCAACCACAUUCUGUACCGCUGGGGUUUCCCGGUUCGCCUCAUUGCCUCAAGAAACGGGACAACCACGACCAUCCACACGGUGGAAGAAGGGCUGGACCUCCUAAGACAAUGGAACUUACCUGUGGUAGGGGACUCUCAAGCUCCCAAGGGCCCGCGCCAAGUGGAGAAAGACUGGCAUACUACCAACUAA